UUCUUCGCAAGUAAGCAACGGGCCUUUUUGAUCUCAUCCGUAUUCCGAUCGAAGGUUGAAGUUUCAUUCUUACAACUAUCUUUUUGAAGCAGAUAGUUCACAGUGCUCAUUCUAUAGAUACUGUAAAAGCCAACUCAUGUUUCCACUCUAUUUUCAUUACGAAGAGGUAUCACGUCAGGAUCCAUUGCUCAAACCGAAUCACGCCAACGUUAUGGAAGUUUCUGGAUCGUGUGAAAUAAGAGUAGUACCAAAGGCACCCUAUGAUUUCAUAAUCAAAAAUGGAAAAUUGGCUAUGGAGAUUCCGCGCGGUCAGAAAUUCAUACAGACACAAAGGGGUUCGACAGGGAAGUCGUUUCGAUCCAAUCCAUUCUUGGGGUCAAAUAAAGACAAAGGAUAUGUCAGUGACCUAGCACGACAAAGCACUCUUCGAGGGCAUGGAAUGUCUAAUUUUUCGGUCAGAAUCUCGACAGUAAUGUCUCUGUUAGAUUCUCCGGUCGAAAUACGGGAAAACUCCAUUCAAUUUUCGAUGGAAACGGAGUUUUUCGAAUUCUCCCCGGAACUGGAAGAUCAUUUCGAGAUUUUUGAACAUAUUCGAGGGUUCAAUGUGACUAUUGUAACUUCGGCCAACACACAAGAUGAGACUUUACCACCGUGGAGCGGCUUUUUGCAAAAAGAUGAGGGGGAAACUCAGUAAGAUGUCGGAGAAACGAAAUAUACGAGAUCACAAACGUAGAUUGCUUGCGGCUAAAUAUGAAUUGAGACGAAAGAAAGCUUUAUAAAGCCUUUUGUAAAGAUCCCGAUCUUCCUAGUGAUAUGCGGGACAAACAUCGUUAUAAGUUGUCCAAGUUGCCAAGAAAUAGUUCCUUUGCACGAGUAAGAAACCGAUGUAUUUUCACGGAACGAGGG